AUGUUGUCACCUGGUGCAUACAAGCGGCUACUGAAAGAAGAGGAGAUGCUGGAGAAGUCUGCAGAUGAUGAAGGCAAGCUUUUUAAGGCGUAUCCGUCUGUCCACAAGAGAGAGAAGAACUACAAAGCGUGGGACAUAUACUUUACACUUGGAGGAGAUUCAUUAUAUUCAGGAAGGAUUGUUAAGGCACAAAUGGAGUUUCCUGACUGCUAUCCGCUUCAGCCGCCGAAGUUGACGUUUGUGUCACGAAUGUUCCAUCCGAAUAUAUAUGAGAACGGGCAGAUGUGUAUAUCGAUUCUUGAGGAAGACAUUCCGGAUCCUACAGGUUACGGCGAUUCGAAAGACAAGUGGGCGCCAGUGCAGAAUAUUAGGACGAUUUUGUUGUCGAUUGUGAUCAUUCUUAAUGAGCCGAAUAGAUCGUCACCUGCAAAUGUGGAGGCGUCUGUGAUGUCGAGGGACCAUCCUGAUGAUUAUGCCAAAAAGGUGAUCAAGAUAGCAAGGGAGGAGCAUCAGAAGCUGUUGAUUUCAGACCAAAGGGCCAAGGAAAUAUCACUAAAGAUGGAGGUAGAUGAUCAAGAUGAGCAAUGA